GACCUGAAUACUUAAGUAUUGAAGUGUCUUGUCUCUUGAGCCUUUAUUGCUUCUUUUCUUUGCAGUUCCCUCCCUAAGGCAGCACACCUGAGGAAACGUCUUUCCCCUGGCAUGGGCUAUGUCAGACUUUGUAGAGCAUGCCCCUUGUGAGAACUUUGAGGCCAAUGUGUUUGCCAAGAGCCGAUGCCAGAAUUGUUUUCGGGCAGUUGGUGCUCACCACCAGCCCAGCAACCAGGUGCCAGAGGAACAUACUGUGGAGGCCCCACACAGUGGUGCCACCUGUGGGCCAGACCCAGGUGGACUUUGGGACCCCGUGUGCAUCUUAGCUCCCCAGUGUGAGUUGUAUGUGUGUGCGGGCUUCGACGAGGGGACUGAGGGCUGGCAGGAGAGCUUGGUGUACACCCAGCUCAGCAGCCGAGCCCAGGACAAGCACGGAGAAACCAGCCCCAGUACUGAUAUCUGCACCGACCCCGGAACCAGCGCCACGCUCUCUGGGGACUGUGAAAUGACCAGGCUGCUGGACAGCAUUUUGGGAUUGGGCAAACAAGACAUGAUGAACUACACUGGCCAGAGGAAAGAGGUGCAGAUUGGAGCCCUGCAGUCAGACAGACCCAGGUGGGGUCAGACCAUAUCCUGUGGAUCCUGGGGGAGAACAGAGUCCCAGAGCUUCAUGAAAGAAAUCUCCCCUCGGAAAGCAGAAUCCAGUCCUGGGAGGCAGAGCGCUGGAGAUGGCUGGGGAAAGCAUCAGAUGGAGAGCGGUUAUUUCUCUCUGGAACGCCGGAAAUCUGACCCCACCUGGGUCUCCUCCCCGCCACGAGCCAGCCAUGGUGCUUUGCCCAUGCUCAGUGACCCGAUAAGGGCUGGCAGGCGUCUCACUUCCUCCGUCAGCUCAUUGGACUCUGACCUACCUGGGUACACGAGGGGCGGUGGCGAGGAGCGACAUGGCCUGGUGCGGCAGGAAUACAUGGUGUUGGCUGAUCUGCCCAAGCCCAAGCGGAUCAGUCACAGGGAGGCAUUUGACCAGGAACGCAGCAGCUCCCGCACUCGGAGCCCAGGCCGGGCAGAGGUGGAGCGGAUCUUUGGAUACGAGCGCAGGAAGUCUGAGACGCUGGAGGCGUUCCAGGCCCUGGAGGAGGGCCUCCUGGACCGGCUAGAUGGCAAGACCCCACUGCUGGCCAAAGAAGGUCGAUUAGGCAGGAGGCAGUCCAGCCCCAGCCUGUACAGAGAGGGGAACAAGAGGCUCCCACAGCAGCUGGAGCAGCAUGACAGAGGCAGAGGAGAAGCCCUGCGCUCAGUGAGCCUGGCUUGGCGAUCAGAGAGAGACUGGAGGAGCCGAGUGGAGUCCAUGUGCCACGUGAGUACAGAUAAGUGCCUGGAUAGAGAAAGGGUGCCUCUUCAGCCCUCAAAUCCUGAAAAACACACAGAUAGUAACUGGAAAAGCCAGAGGGAUUCCCUGCACCCCACAAACUCCGGGAAGAGUUCAGAUUACAGUUGGACUGGCCGAGGGGGGCACCUGUGCUUCGUGAGUCCUGGGAAGCAGACAGAGAGCAACUGGAAGAGCCCAAGGGAGACCCACCCUCUGAGUCCAGUGACGAGGACUGAGAGAAAGGGGAAAGGUGCAAAAGAGCCCCUGCACCCUGUGAGUGCUGGAAAACACAUGAGUGAACGACAGAGCCUAGAGAAGAAACGCCACCCUGUGAGUCUGGGGAAAUGCACAGAGCGUGAUCAGAAGGGCCACGGCAAAUCACUGCGCCCCGUGAGUCCAGCCGGGAAGCCAGAGAGGGACUGGAGUAGCCAGGCAGAGACCCUGCGCCCCAGGAGUCCAACUAGGCAGCCGGAGAGGGACUGGAGGAGCCAGGCAGAGACCAUGAGUCCAGCCGGGAAGCCAAAGAGGGACUGGAGGAGCCAGGCAGAGACCCUGCGCCCCAGGAGUCCAACUAGGCAGCCGGAGAGGGACUGGAGGAGCCAGGCAGAGACCAUGAGUCCAGCCAGGAAGCUGGAGAGGGACUGGAGGAGCCGGGCAGAGACCCUGCGUCCCAGGAGUCCAACUAGGCAGCCGGAGAGGGACUGGAGGAGCCGGGCAGAGACCCUGCCCCCCAGGAGUCAAACUCAAAGAUCAGAAAACAACUGGAAGACCCAAGAGGAGUGUUUGUGCCACAUGAAUCCAAUGCAACAGCUAGAAAGGGACUGGAGAAGCCAAGGAGAAUGUCUGUACUCAGUGAGCUCAGGGCACCAACCAGAGACCAUGAGGAAAAGCCCUGUGAGUCCAAGUCAAAGGUCAGAGAGUGACUGGAAGAGCCAUGAGCGGUCCCUAGACUUAAGCUCAGAGAAGCAAUUGGAGAAUGACAGGGGCAAAGAGGAGACCCUCUUGCAUCAAUCCCAGCUAGAUCGAGGCACACCCCAACCCCUCAACAAUGCCAGCUCCAUGGGAAGCCAAGAUCUUUAUUUGAACACUAACGGGCAACGCAAAAAGGUACUCCAGAAACUGGGGAGGAAGGGGGCACUGGGGCGGGGGAGAGUCAUGUGCUGUCUUCCCGGCCUCCCCACCCGCAGUGUGCCUUAG